AUGGACGCCGCGGCGGCGGUCGCGGCGAAGGUAUGCGUCCUCGAGGCCGAGCUCGCCGCCACGUCCCCCCGCAUUGCCGACCUGGAGGCCCGGGUCUCGCUCCUCGAAGCAGAGAACGCGCGCUGGUGGAAGGCCAUGCCCCGUGGGGAGGUCUCUGGUCCAUUGGUGGAGGGUUUGGGCGGCCCCAAGCCAAAAACAGUCCAGGCGUAUGGUUCUUUUAACGAGGUCGGUGACGGCGAGGAAGAGGGGGUUGCCGCUGAUGCCGGCAACGGGAGGAGCGGCGAGAAGGAUGGUGUUCCCGCGGUGCCGACCCCUAGGAAGCGUGUGGUGCGGGCGGUUACCGGUGGGAGCAAGGAUGGUGAAUUGCAGGUGGGGGUGUCGGGUGCUCCACCCAGUAGGAAGCGUGCACUGCUUAGAAGAAUUGACGGUGAUGAGAAGGAUGACGAGACAGAAGGGCGCCCUGCACCCACCAUAAGGCGCUCGACUCGCUUAGCUGAAAAACAGUCGAAGAAAGCACGAGUCGAACCCAAUGAUCAUGAAGAGAGAGAGGAUGGUUCAGGACAAGAUGGUGGUAUGGGUGAAUCUAAAAAUGAUGCAGAUUGUUCAGAAGAUUCUGACAGCGAGGAGAUGGAUUACACCUUGCUGAAGGAUGUGACCCUGGCGUCAAACAACCGGGUGAGGAUUCGAGUCAGAAUAACGCGCAUUUCACAUUACAUGAGCAAGCAUCAACUAACAGGAAUUCCGCGGCUUGAUUUUGUGAUGCUCGAUGAGCAGGGGGAUAUGAUGGCCGGCCAAGUACCUGCGUGGCUUGCACAGCUCUUUUUGUCACGCAUCAAGGAGGAUGAUGUGUAUUACAUACACCACUUUAAGGUUGUCCACCCUAGUCUGCCCUAUAGGGCUGUUGAUCAUCCUUGCAUGGCAAUGUUCACGAGGGACACAGAGAUAAGCAAGGAUGAACAUGUGCCUGAUAGUUUUCCGGUGUAUGCAUACAAGAUAUCUCCUUAUGAAGUCCUCCGAUCGCGUGAAAACAACACAGCGCUAAUGUCUGAUGCCAUUGGUCUUAUGCUGGAAGUUUCAAAUGUGAAAACUGUUACUGUCAAUGGUGCACCUCGGGCAGUACGUAACGUGUACAUAAGCGAUGGCAGAGAGACGGCUGUUGUUGCUUUGUGGGAGGCACAUGCAAAUCAAUUCCCAGCCGAGACUCUGCAGCAGCAGAUGCAGCAAAGACCAGUUGUCAUUCUCUUUGUUGCCGUGACUGUCAAGCUGUGUGAAGGCCAACUGUGUUUGCAAGGAAGCAAAGUCUGUAGGUGGUAUCCCAAUGCUCCUAUUCCAGAAGUUUUAGCUUUGCAGAACAGUUCUGCUGGAGUUUCACAUGAGGCCAGAUUGGUUGACACAUCACCAACACAGACCCAGACGGUUUAUAGUGAGAGUGUAAGCGAGAAUGAUGGUGCUUUGGGCGAAAUAAAAGAGUAUUCUACAUCCACAGAUCCACUACAAGACGUUUGGCUCAGUUAG